CACGUCACGGGAAUCCACCGAUCCCCAUAUAUGGAAAAAUAAACACAUACCUCUGGGUAAACAACCCCCUAGAAUAUUGGUUGCUGGCACCUAACGUAACCCGGAUGAGUCAAGUUCAAUGGCGAAAUGUUGUGGGCCAAAAAAAAGGGGUAUUUAAUUGCGAAAAUUGGCAUCCGUCAGCGGGCCGGAAAAUUGUCCCCUCUCCAGUCACAUUUUUAUAAAUUGGAAAUGCCCGAGCUCAGAAUCAGUCAGUUUGCUAACGAGUCUCCAUCAAAAUGUCACACGCGACCAGCUGUUUGUCUUUGCUCCUUAUUGCAAUCCUGCUAGGGCUUGGAUCUGCCCAGUACUAUACCCAAUAUAAUCCCUACUACACGCCCAGUCCCACGUUCUCCAGCUUAAACAACUAUUACUAUCAGACGACGCCGUAUCCUUAUUACUACAGCACGUAUACGACACCGAGUCCCUAUAGCAACACACAGAUUCGUAUCUGGCCCUAUGUCAUCGGACAGUAUCUGUAUCCCACCUACUACAACACCAACUAUUACAAUCCUUAUGCCUCUUUGAGUAACGCCAAUUGGCAACGGUAUUAUGCAAAUGUUUAUGGAACGAAUUCUAACUCGUAUAAUUAUGGAAAAAAGUAAUUUCUAGUUUACACUAAGUGUUUUUUCAUUUGUUAA